AUAUAAAUGCCAGCUGUACCAGGCCUUAGUUGCCACAAGUCGCGCGUACACCGCUGAGCUUGGAACGUUAUAGUAUCAGUCCCUUUCUGUGAUCGGCAGAUUGCAACUUCGAACAGACACCAUGAAGGCAGCUUUCGCGUUCCUCGUAUCGUGCGUAUUGCUGGGCGUAGCCUUGGCAUACCCAUACCCCUACCCUGAAGCCGAAGCCGACCCACAGUUCGGAGGAUACGGUGGUUAUGGGGGUUACGGAGGUGGCGGUUAUGGAGGCGGUUACGGAGGGGGUUAUGGCGGCGGUUAUGGCGGUACCACAUACAUCCACUCUCACCAAGGCGGCCAUAUCCCUCACUACCACCACUACGGACACACUCACUUCGUCGGUUAGAGGAUUCAGACGUCCUUCCUCACUCCAGGAGGCAUUCGAGAGCAGCACUGCUUCUUUGUAGAUUAUGAGAUAUCUGUCAUCAUUAGAUACCCGGACAUAUUCUGUGAUCCUUGUAUGUAGAUCUUUUAACGAUGUCUGUCACAGCACUUUAUGCUUCUUUGUGGAUUAUCUGAUAUCUGUCGUCUUUAAAGACCUGGCUAUUUUCUUUUGCAUAUCGGCCACCAUUAGGUGCCUGGGUAUUUUCUAGGUUUCUUUGUCUAUUAUGUGAUGCCUGUCAUCAUUAAAUGACUGGGAUUUUCGUAGAUUCUUUGUGGAUUAUCUGAUAUCUGUCAUCAUUAAAUGCCAGGAUACUUUCCA